GCAUAGCGCGGGUGGGUCAUCAUCGGCCGCACUCUUCCCAGACCGAUAAAUGGUGCAUUGCACGCACUAUCGUCCACUACUACCAUCCGAAGAAGAGAGGCCUCAGUCUUGGAGAAUAAGCAUUAUUUUCUGGUCAUUCUCUUUGAUGUACUUCUGUCGUUCAUAUCAGACUAGAGGAGCUGCUACCCUGGCACGGAAGUUGAUCUUUUUUUAUUAUAUGGUUUGGGUGGGAGGAGAAAGAGGGGGGAAGGAGUGGUCUGUCGAUUUGAUCGGUUGCCGUUCGCUGCGGAAGCAGAGCCGAGCGGAGACGCCGUGACAUCUCGCCGCCGGUGGAUUGAGUGAGAUUUGAGCCCUCGGAAAAGGGCGGACUUGGUCCUGGAAUCAUGUCGCAGACCAAUUGGGAAGCUGAUAAGAUGUUGGAUGUGUACAUCUACGAUUAUUUGAUGAAGAGAGACCUGCAGGCGACUGCAAAGUCCUUUCAAGCUGAAGCCAAGGUGUCGUCGGAUCCAGUGGCUAUUGAUGCUCCUGGUGGUUUUCUGUUCGAGUGGUGGUCUGUGUUCUGGGAUAUUUUUAUUGCAAGGACAAACGAAAAACACUCUGAUGCUGCUGCCUCUUACAUCGAGACUCAACAUCUAAAGGCAAGAGAGCAGCAACUGCAGCAACCAUCUCAACAGCAGCAGCAGCAACAAAUUCAAAUACAACAACUUUUAUUGCAGAGGCAGGCGCAGCAACAGCAUCAGCAUCAACAACAGCAGCAGCCACAGCGUAGAGAGGGAUCUCAGGUUUUGAAUGGCAAUGCCAGUGGGCUUGUCAGUGCUGAUCCCUUGAUGCGCCAGAAUCCUGGAACAGCUAAUGCCUUGGCAACAAAAAUGUACGAGGAACGGCUGAAGUUGCCACUUCAAAGGGAUUCUUUGGACGAGGCAUCGAUUAAGAGAUUUGGUGAAAAUGUGGGUCAGGUCAUGGACCCAAACCAUGCUUCCCUGCUGAAGUCAGCUGCAGCCCCUGGACAACCUUCAGGGCAUGUUUUGCAUGGUUCGGCUGGUGGUCUAUCAGGACCUCUGCAGCAGGUUCAGGCUAGGAAUCAACAGCUUCCUGGAUCAUCACAGGACAUAAAGAGUGAGAUUAGUCCAGUUCUGAACCCCAGAGCUGCAGGUCCUGAUGCAUCAUUAAUUGGAGUUCCAGGGCCUAAUCAGGCUGGCAACAAUCUGACUCUGAAAGGCUGGCCCCUGAAUGGUCUAGAUCAAAUUCGUCCAGGGCUUUUGCAACAGCAAAAGUCAUUUAUGCAAUCACCUCAGUCGCUUCAUCAACUCCAGUUUCUAAGUCCGCAUCAACAGCAGCUACUGCUUCAGGCACAGCAAAAUCUGAAUUCUCCAUCAGCUGCAGAUAUUGAUAACAGAAGGCUAAGAAUGCUUCUGCAUAACAGGAACAUGGUCUUGGGGAAGGAUGGCCAGUCAAAUGCCCUUAAUGAUGUCAUUCCAAAUGUGGGAUCUUCCAUGCAAACUCCAAGUCCUCUAAUGUCCCGGACAGAUUCAGAUUUGCUAAUAAAGAAAAUAGCUCAGUUGCAGCCACGACAGCAAAGCAGCAGCAGUCAACAACAGCAGCAGCAGCUUCAACAACAUGCUCUUUCAAGUCAUCAAUCACAAAAUUCAAAUCACCUUCUUCAUCAGGAAAAACUUGGAACAGCCAGUAUGACAGUUGAUGGAAGCAUGUCAAAUUCCUUUAGAGGGACUGAUCAGACUUCAAAUAAUCAAACCGGCCGGAAACGAAAACAGCCUGUGUCAUCCUCAGGUCCUGCCAAUAGCUCAGGAACUGCAAACACAGCUGGGCCUUCUCCAAGCUCUGCACCCUCAACACCAUCAACUCAUACACCAGGAGAUGUGAUAUCAAUGACACAAUUGCAACAUAAUGGUGGCUCAUCUAAGCCUUUGGUUAUGUUUGGUGAUGGGCCUGGUUCUUUGACAUCUCCAACCAACCAGUUGGCUGACAUGGAUCGUUUUGUGGAGGAUGCUUCUUUGGAUGAUAAUGUGGAGUCAUUUCUAUCUCAUGAUGAUGCUGAUCCAAGAGAUGUGGUUGGUCGCUCUAUGGAUUCUGCAAAAGCAAUUGCUCUUUCAGGUUUCAUGUUUAAUGAGAUCUCAUCAGCCAAAGCAAGUACAAACAAAGUGGUUUGCUGCCACUUCUCCUCAGAUGGAAAGCUCCUUGCAACUGGAGGCCAUGAUAAAAAGGCUGUUUUGUGGCAUGCUGAUGAUUUAAAACUCAAAUCAACACUGGAGGAGCACACACUGCUGAUUACUGAUGUUCGUUUUAGUCCUAGCAUGCCACGCCUAGCUACCUCAUCAUUUGACAAGACUGUCAGAGUCUGGGAUGUUGAUAAUCCAGGCUAUUCACUACGGACUUUUACUGGCCAUUCUGCUUCUGUCAUGUCUCUCGACUUUCACCCAAGUAAAGAGGAUCUCAUUUGUUCUUGUGAUGGCGAUGGAGAAAUGCGUUAUUGGAGUAUAAAUAAUGGUAACUGUGCCAGAGUUUUUAAGGGUGGAACAACUCAAAUGAGGUUUCAACCUCGUCAGGGUAGGUAUCUUGCUGUUGCUGCCGAGAACACCAUAUGCGUACUAGAUGUUGAGACACAAGCUCGCAGACAUUUACUACAGGGACAUACAAAACAUGUUGGUUCCAUCUGCUGGAACUCUUCAGGUGAUUGUCUGGCUUCUGUCAGUGAAGACUCGGUCAGAGUUUGGUCGUUUGGCUUGGGAAGUGAGGGGGAAUGUAUGAAAGAGUUAAGUUGUAAUGGAAAUAAGUUUCACUCGUGUGUGUUUCACCCCAGCUAUCCAUCAUUUCUUGUUAUCGGUAGUUACCGGUCGCUGGAAAUCUGGGACAUGAAUGAGAACAAGACCAUGACUCUUACUGCACACGAUGGCUUGAUUGCAGCGUUGGCAGUAUCAAAUGUGACCGGAGUUAUAGCAUCUGCAAGUCAUGACAAGUGUGUCAAGCUCUGGAAGUGACCUCUGAGCUAGCUGAUGGUGUUGUAAAGUGACCAUGACUUUACUGCAGAGGCUGCAAUCUCCUUGUUCAUGUUUGACAUCAGGUGGUGGCGUCAAGAAAGACUGUAGUUUUCUGUGAGAUAUGAUGAAAUCUCAUGUUAUAUUAUCUUAGGUUGUCUCAAUUACUAAGUUAAACCGAUAUUGUAUUAACCAGGUGUUGUAUCCCAUUCAUUGGUUUCUGCUUGGUC